GCUUCUUCUUGGGGAACUACUAAAUUACAAACAUGGAGAUCCCUAGACAGCAGUUUAUUCAAAGGCUGCCUACCAUCAAGAAAGCAAUUGAUGAGUGUGAUUUUAUGGCCAUUGAUGCCGAAUUCUCUGGACUGCACAGACCAGGAACAAGUAAAAGAAUUGAUACCUUGGCAAACCGUUAUGCAGAAUAUAGAGAAGCCACCAAAAGAUUCAUCAUCAUUCAGUUUGGCAUGUGCACCUUCAAAUGGGAUGGACCUUCUGGUCGGUAUAUAUCCAAGCCUUUCAACUUUUAUAUUUUCCCUACUGCCAUGACUGGCAAGGUUCAAGCCAACAAAACAUUCAUGACUCAGGCCCAAGCAUUUGACUUUUUAUCCAAACAACAGUUUGACUUCAACAAAUGGGUUUAUCAAGGCGUGCCGUAUAUGACUUUGGAAGAGGAAAAAGCAUAUAUCAGAGAUGCGACACAGCGGUUGAAUGAUGCCAUGCCUGAUAUCCCGAUUGAUGAAAAAGAACGAGGAUUCAUUGAAGCAGCAAGAAAGGAGAUUGAUGCCUGGGUAGCUAACCCAAACCCAGAAGAUGCAGAAGGUGUAAAUAUCAUUGCCAAAAACGCUUACCAACGUCGAUUGCUAUACCAAGAAGCUCGCAAUAGGUACGAGGGCCUUGUAGCAGAAGGAAAACCUGGCUUUAUUCGGAUUGCCCGUUUAUCAGAGAAGGAUAUGAAUAAGCGCACAGAGGAACGUCGCAAACAAUUUGAGAAAGAUUGUGAAGGAGCUACCGGAUUCCGUCGAGUGAUUGAUUGGAUUUCUGAAUCAAAAAAGAUUGUCGUGGGCCAUAACAUGCUCCUUGAUAUUUGCCAUGUAAUUGGACAAUUUGUAGAACCUCUUCCCGAGGAUGUGCAGGAUUUUAAGAAACUCGCUCACAGAGUAUUUCCAAACAUGAUCGAUACAAAACACCUGAGUACAUAUGUUCCUGAAUUCCAGCCAUUGUUCGGUUCCUCUACGUCACUUGACAUCCUUCGUUUUGAAACCAACAAAGCUGAGUUCAAGAACCCUCGGAUUGAUAUGGAUUGGGAGUUUCCUCGUUAUCUAACUGAAAAGGCUCACGAGGCUGGCUAUGAUGCUUUCAUGACAGGCUCUGUUUUCCUCAAGAUGGUGUCAUUCCUGGAUAAAGCACGAAACUCGCCAGAAGAGGUUCCAGAAGAAGAAGUUGAACCUGUUGAAGAAGAGCCAAAAGAGAAAGAGAAAUACGAUGAUGGGUGGGAAAAGAGUGAUGAUGAAGAACAAGAUCCAAACUGGCUCAAUGAACCCGAGGAGAUAUACAAUCAUGGUUCAACUAAAGUAGAUCUGCUGGACGAUCAACAAAAACCCGUUCCAAUCCUUGAAGAGUAUAUUAAUAAGGCUGCUAUGGUUAGAACUGGGUUUGAGUACUUUAACUUUGUGAACCCUGAAGUUAUCACUCGACAAUCUAAUACCUUUUAUGUAUCCACAAAUUCGGGUCCGAUUUCGUGCGACUAUGUUUCCAAGUUGUUCGAAGUUUUUGGAAAAAAUGUCGUGGACGUGAUCGAUGAGACAUCAGCAUUUGUUGUAUAUGAGAACUUGAGGGAGAAACCUGAUAUUGUCAAAGAGUCUGUCACACAGGCAGCAGCAGCUAGCGCUGGAGCUAUACAUGAUCUUACAAUAAAAACUGUAGGAGAUUAUUUGGAUGACAUCCAAAGAGACUCCUAGAGUAGACAUUAACUUAAAGCUUUAUAUUAUACUAUAUUCACAGUAUUUUCACCUUAAUAAAGACUUUUCCAAUCAAUAAACUAAUAAACUAUGGAUUAUCACCGGUGUAAAAGCUU